CCGUCUGAGUAGCGACCGGCGGCAGGAGGCCACGGCAGCGACUGUCGCGCCCGCCGGGGAGCCGCUGCUGCUCGAGCGCCCGCAGCGGCGGCCGAAGUUUUGGAAAGCACCGCGGGGCCUCCUGCGCCAGAGCCUUCGUCGCCAUGGCGCCCAAGAAGGCGAAGAUGUCCCUGGCGGAGAUCAAUCAGGCAUUUGGUGGCAACGCCAUGCAGGAGGCUCUUCCAUCGCACAGCGUGGGUAAGGACUUCGGAAAGAGCAAGGGUAAAGGUGACUUCGAAGACCGCGGCCGCGGGUUUGGAGAGUCAGACUGGCGAGGAGGCGGCGGCAAGGGCGAGGGCAAGGGCGGGUUCAGGAGGGACCGCGACGACAAACCCAGCCGGGCGGACGAGGACGGCAAUUGGUUCUCGCGCGGCGGCGGCGGCGACGGGCCGCCCAGGGACAGGGACCGGGGAGGCUUCGGCGGCGACCGCGAUCGCGACCGCGGCGGAGGCGGUGGUGGCGGGCGCGGCUUUGGCGACCGGGACCGCGACCGCGGCGGCGGCCGGGGCGGCGACGACGUGGAGGCGGACAAGGACAACGACUGGCGGGGCGGGGACCGCGGUGGCGGCGGCGGGCGCGGGGGCUUCGGCGACAGGGACCGCGACAGGGACCGGGACCGCGGCGACCGCGGCGGCUUCGGCGGAGACCGGGACCGUGACCGGGGCGGCGGCGGGCGCCGGGACGACGACCGCGAUUGGGGCCGCAGCGGCGGAGGCGGCGAGUCAAGGAGGCCCGUCUUGCAGCUCAAGGCCCGCACCGUGCCGCUGCCAGGCGGCGAUGACGGUGACACCGGCAGGUCCGCGGCGGCCGACCGCCCCUCCCCCUUCGGGGCGGCCAGGGCGGGCUCCUCCGCGAAGAAGGGCGACAAGAAGGACGAGGACGGCUCCGAGGACGAGGACGGCGGCAGCACGCCCGCGGGCAGGGAGGACGCGUCGGGCUCCGAGGACGAGGAGGCA